AUGUCAGAUCAAUUACAAGAGCCCAAUAUACUAGAUAAUCCGAUUCAUGGUAUAUAUAUCCCUUUCGGUUUGUUAGUGGCUGGUGUAGCUCUAACAACGUACCUUUCUGGAGAAAAGAAAAUUCUCAUUCUGUUGCCACUGUUUAUAUCAUUCCUUCUAUUCAGGGCCUAUAGGGCGUAUAAUCGUAGCGUCUCUAUUUCUUCUGAACGUUGGACAUCUUUAGAGUUGGAAGAUCAAACUGUUGUCUCAAAGAACACUGCCAUCUAUCGCUUCAAGCUCAAGACCUCAUUUGAAACUUUGGAUUUUGCACCUGGCCGCCACCUAGCGGUGAAAGUUCCUAUUGAAGGCAAUGAUGAGAUUAGAUUCUACUCGCCAAUUUCGCCACGGAAUGCACCAGGGUAUUUCGAUCUCAUGAUCAAGUCCUACGUGGACGGCAAAGUAUCAAAAUACUUUGCAAGCUUGAGUACUGGCCAAACCGUCGAUUUUAUGGGACCUGUAGGCACAUUGAACUAUGAGCCUAACUCUUCCAAAGCCAUUGGGAUUAUUGCAGGUGGUUCAGGUAUCACUCCUGUACUUCAAGUGUUGAACGAGGUCAUGACUACCCCGGAGGACGAAACCAAAAUUUCUUUGAUCUAUGCCAAUGAAGCCGAAAAUGAUAUUUUGUUGAAGGACGAGCUAGAUGAGAUGGCUGAAAACUUUCCUAACUUUGAAGUUCAUUAUGUAUUAAGACAACCAAAGGGUGAAUGGGAGGGAUCCAUUGGCCUAGUCACUGAAGAACUGAUGAGAGCGUAUCUACCCGAACCCUCUGAUGAACACCGCCUGCUAGUUUGUGGUCCUGAAGCGAUGAACAAGAUGGUCACUGGAUUUGCCGCUGAUCUCGGUUGGAAAUUCACAGGUCUAAACUGCAAGGGAGAUGAGCAAGUCUUCGUCUUCUAA